AUGCAUCGCAUUCUUUCGCCUCGGGCUGGGAAGUACCUAUUUGUGGCAUCAGCAGCAUUUUCUGCCGGCUGCUUGACCACUGCUGCUGUCUUUGACUACCAAAGUCAUCCCCCUAUCACCGCUGCAAGGCCAACUUUGCCAACUCUUCUCGAUUCACCUGAUUUCAAAGGACCUGGCCAUAACACAUUCUCAUCCCAAAUUUCUCUCCCCGUGCCCGUUGCCCAGGUAGGUCUGCCCAGCGUUGAAAGUGUGAAAGUUUUGCCCGGAUUCUUUUGCCUCUAUGACCGGAGAGGUCGCAUUCCCCGAUGGACGUUGGAACACCUGACCAACAAAAACUUUAAUGGUGAUGACAAGGCUCUCGUGGACAGAGGGGGCUUUGUAUUCGUGGAGGACAUGGGUGAACCGCCGGAGUUCCGAAGCACCAAUUUGGACUAUGCCCGAAGUGGAUUUGAUCGAGGCCACAUGGCUGCCGCGGGGAACAAUAAAUUCAAUGCCGAGAGUAUGGAGAAGACAUUCAUCCUUAGCAAUAUUGCGCCACAGGUUGGAUAUGGUUUCAACCGUGGAAUAUGGAAUGAUCUGGAGAAGAAGAUUCGAGCAAUGGCAAGGCAAUCGGCAAACGUUGUAGUUGUCACAGGACCACUGUUUCUACCGAGUUCCGUCCUUUCUCGACGAGGUAAUCGGCAGGUCAUCUAUGAAGUGAUAGGUGAGAAUAAUGUCGCUGUCCCAACUCAUUUCUUCAAGGCGGUCGCGGUUCAAAGCACACCACAAGGACCUUGGAAGACCUACGCCUGGGUGAUACCCAACCAAGCAUUCGCGGAGGGCACUAAGGUUAAUACAUUCUCUGUGCCCUUGAAAGACGUUGAACGUGCUGCUGGUCUGAUCAUUUUUCCUAAUCUUUACAAGCCUUAA